GAAAUGAACGCAAACAAGAAACGAGCUGGAGCUUCGCAAAGCUCUUGCGACGAAUCAGUGAUAUCAAUUGCAAAGAAAAUUACAUCUUGUUUUUCUAAUCACGCGAACGAGAGCCUGACUGCAGAUAGAGAAUACUGUUCGGACGUACUGCGCUUAUUCGACGAUUUUUUUUCUAAGUUAGCUUUGAUCAUUGACAAUUUAGACGACAUGGCUCUUAACAAAUUGUGCAACUACUGCGGAGAAAAAUUACUCUUUGAGUUGUCGAAAUAUAAUUUGAUUGACGGAGUUAUUUCGACAGAAGCCAAACUGAAUUUGAUGUUCUUGCUGGCCAAAUUAAUGGUUCUUUUUGAUAAAUUGGCGACUUUAAAGUUUGUAAUUGUCUGGUCUCAGUUGUUUGAGAAAAUCGACAAUCUGUCUCCAAAUGAAGACGUUGUUCAUAAAACAUACUCCGAUUUUGUCAGUUUCUGCUUUGAGGUCAGCUCUCAGAAAAGUUUCCUCAAUGACAAACGAGAAAGCAACGUGCGAGUCAUGUAUGCGGUGCUUUGUUCUUUAGUGUCGAGAAUUGACUCUCAAGAUAUGGGCCGUGAAAUGCGUUUCAAUGUAAAACAGUUGUCUCUAGGUCGAUUUUGUCCAUUAUUUUUGCCAGCUUUGAUUGCUCGGAACAUUCGCGAUUUUGUUAAUGAUAAACAGUAUAUGGAAAUGGAUUCGGUUUUGAAACUUGUUGCAAUCAUGAACUAUUUCAACCGUGCUGUAGGCUUCUCAUUAAGCGGCUCAGAAGAAGGUCACGGCGGUCACUUUAUACGCAAUAUAGAGUAUUCGAUUGUGUUUUGCCAAUUGGUAAUAAAACUGCGGGAUAAACUCGGAACGUACGAGUCUUAUUUCAAAAACGCGUGUAUUAGUUUGUACAAUAAAUUGGUGGCUCGUCUCAUGAAUGAUUUAGAGGUGGUUUUUGAACAAAUCCAAUUCGGCGACAAAUCGAUUAAGUUCUUGAAUGGGCAGCUGGAAACGUUGAAGGACCUUUUAGUCGAGCUUCACUCUGAAAAAGAUUCCGUGGAGUCUCAAUUAUGUAAGAACUUGUCUGGUUUAGGUCAAGCUAUAUGGAGAAGCCUAGUUGAAUUUUGUCAGGCAAAGAAGCCAAUUGAUGAUAAGUCCAAGACUUUAUUCACGCAGAUUGCUCAUUUCAGGCUGGACCUCCUUGAUAAAUCAGUAACCCCAAAUAAGAAAAAAUGCCAAGAAAUUGCUUUGAAUAUUUCCUCGCAGCUGAAAACAAUCAGUCAAUUCAAAAUUUUAGACGAUGGAAUUGGAGAAUUUUAUCGUAUGCAAAUUAUAUCUUUAGUUCUAGAAAAAACGCCAGAAAAUUGUUUCGACGAAGAGUUAUGUGCUGCGUACUCUAAAUGCUGGGGCGUAUUACAACGUGUGGCAGAUUUUGACAUCCCGAUUAUCCGUAAAGAUAUGAACCAGACAAUUUUAAAUUGCAGCUCGAAGAAGUGGUUAAAAAAAUUUGUUGUUCAAAUUUUUAAUUGGUCAAUUGUUGGAUCAUUCAGUGCUGUCGAAGGAUACAGAGUCGUGGAUGAGGUCAAAAACUUGCUGAAAAUGGAAGUGUUGUCCUCUUUUGAAGCUGUCGAAUUAGUUGCCUUCAUGCUGAACCAACGUUUAAACAAUUACGAUAUCGGGAGUUCGGAUUCCAUAAGCGAAUGGUGCCGAGAAAUGGUCGGAAAAUUCAGUCGAAAGAUUAGCUGUGAGAAUUCCAAGUGGGUGCUUUCACUAAUGCAAAUAGUUGCUCAUUUUCUAGAUGGUACCAAUCAGGGUACAAAGGUAGAGAAUCUAGCAGAGGAAGUAAUUCCUGGUGAUGUCCUCGAAAACAUUCUCGAAGUUUUCAGAUCUAAGAAGAAAUUGCACUGUCUUUUUAACCUACUUUCUGUACCAGUGUUGGUGUUGUGUGUUAAUGUAGCCUGUAUAUUUGAGUUCUGGGGUCUUAAGUUGCAUGCUCUUUAUUUCUGGGCCACAAUUUCUUCGAAAGCUAAGGAACUUUGCAGUAAAAAAAAUGCAUUGCUGAAAUCUGACGAUGAGCUUGAAGACGUCUCUAAGCUUGUGGCGUUUUCGACCUUUUUCGGAUUUUGUUCGGCUUUGAAUUGUGGAAGUAUCUCGCUAUGUCUGAAGUUUUCAAUUAACUUGAAACAUUUUCAACAUUCGGGCGUCGAAAUGCCCUUUGAUGAUUUUGUGUCACUCUUUGUUGAUCUGAAGGUCGAAGCUUUCACAAAACAGAAAAAUGUCCUAGAAGUAAUUGAGAAAGUGAUAGCAAUGAUUAAUUUGAAUCAAACGCAACCUUGGAUUUUCUUCAAAUCUUCUCUAGCUGUUGACUUUCUGGUAGACCUUCUAUCCGAAACGGAGUUCUCGUCUAUUGAUGCGAGUGUACUAGAGUCGGAUGCCAGUGGGAAGCCAGAAUAUAUGUUCUUUGCGAAAUGGAAGACAGAAGUGUUUAAAUACUGGAAGAGUUUGACUCGUAGAUCGUGUAACUUUGACCCCAACUCUACAGAAAGGACAGUCAUGCCCUUGUUUUUCAACGUCAAAGCCAGGCAACCGAUAUGCGGGUUAAUGGUACCUGGAGUUGCGUUUCAGAGUUAUAGUCAACUGAGUCACAUGAUAAAAUCGGUCGGCUUGAUUGAUGUUUGCAAAUCGUACGAUAAUUUUGUGACGGGUGAGAAUUUUGUUUCGGCGAGUCAGAGUAAACCAAUACGAGAUAUGUUUGUAGCUAAGGCGUUUCUGGAAUCUUUUUACUCGUACGCGUACGUGAGCAUUUUUGACAAAAGCUACGAAAUGCUUGUUAAGUGCUCGAACAUUUACUUGAAACAGGAAGACCAAGUGAGUUUCGAAGCUUCAGACGUCUAUGUUAAAACUGAACUCGGUGACUGCAAACUCCUCAAACCCCAAACCACUUUGAGUGAAGGACUUCCCGAAAUCAAAGUAAUGAAGUUGGUUGAACGAGUAAACCACGAGAAAAGCUGCUUAUGUUCGAGUUGUUGUAACUUGCCAAUGUUUGAUAACAUCACUGUAGUGGUUUCACUGUUGAAAGCCUUGCCUUGGAGCCAAUCUGAAAAGAAUAAGUUUGACUGCUAUCAAGGAAACUUGACACUACUCUACAAUGAAAAAAUACAUCAUCAUUGCUCUGCGAUUGAAGCCUUGUUUUUUGAGCCUGGAAAUGUGCAAACAGGAGAAAUUGGUAUUGAUGAAGAAAAGAUAAGUUCAUUUGUGGGGACUUAUCAUUGCUACGGAAAAGUGCCGAGUAUUGAAAAGUACACCAUGUUUAGCCAUGCAAGUACUAAAACAGCAGCGGAGGCGAUAAUGGAGUGUCUGAAAAAAAUGGAGAACAGUGAAGAGGACCCUCUCAGCAUGGAAGACGAAACCGUCAAGGCCUUGGAAAGUCUUUCGUUAUCAAAUCGCCCAGCAUCUACAGUCUCUAGGAAAAAUCAGUCAGGUCAAACUCGAACAAAGCAAGCGAAAGAAAACAGAACAACGAAAAAUGUUUCCAAGCGAACGCGAUCGAAAUUGUGUCGGAAUUUGAUGCUUGAUUUGGUUGAACCUUCUUUAAGCGAAGUUGACGAUGUCAAAAAAGUUCCUGCGUUUUCAGGAAUUCAAAAAGUUUCUGAUAAAAAUUGCUUUAAUGGAGUUAUUGAUUUCAAUUCAAAUUACUGCUCACGGCUUCGUUCAUGUCGAAUGGAGAUUUGUCAACCUUUUGAAGAGUGGAAUGCCAGCUUGUACAAAAUUAUCAGCAAGAGCAGAGACUUCAAAUUGUUGCGAGAUACGAGAAAUAUCAAGUUUUCUGGUAAAAAUAAGAAUGACUACCAGAUGUUAACAGAGCGAGCGAUAAAUCCAACUUUUUUCAAUGUAUGUCUAUUUUGCCACACUGAAACGUCACCUGGGCAACUGGAACGUCUUCAGAUUUUUCUGAGCCAAAAAAAUGCAGUGGAAAGUUUAGCAUUUCCUAAACAGUUUGAAAUCUGGCGAUACAUUCCUGAAAGUUGGGCAAUUAUGCAUGUGACAAAGCAGAAACUCUUUUCAUGCAUUAGCGUUAUGUCCAAAAAUGAGCCGCAGUUUUCAAUGAAGUUCGAUAAUUUGGAAGCUCUUACUCGAAAAUUCGCAGUAGCGUUGGAGGAAAGUAUGAAAAUUGACGCAUCAAUCAGUCGCAAAGUGUACUGGACCCAGAGAUUUGAAGCGGAAGACAAAAUGAGACAUUUGGUGUUGAGUCUGAAUUUAGAGCUGAUGCCUCUGGAAUCAGCAUUUGACAGGAAAUUCAAAAACAUCGAAAGUGUGAUUUUAAUUGUGGAUUCGGAAUUCAGUACCGUGCCAUGGGAGAACUUGGACUGCCUAUUGAGUAAAUCAAUCGGACGUUAUCCUUGUUUAGAUUUCUUCCUUCAUCAUUAUAAGACAAUUUCACAGAAAUUUGAAGAUUAUAGUAAUUACAGAAGAUAUAAUUAUCAAGUAUCUAGCAUGAAAUAUCUGGUUAACCCAAGCGGAGACCUUUUAAAAACCCAAUUGACCUUUGAGACUUUUCUGCGCGACCUUAAAACAGAGAGCAAGGCUGAAAUUACUGGCGUGAUAGGAUCAGAACCAAGUGUAGAAUACGUGCAAAAUGACCUCCAAUCAUGUGAUCUCUUCCUGUAUUGUGGACAUGGAGCGGGCUCGAAGUUCUACCCCUCCUCGGUAAUGCGAGGAAAGAUGCCAAAGUUAAACUGCGUGGCUUUUCUAAUUGGCUGUUCGAGCGGAUCUCUGCGGAUUUUGAGUGAUAAUGUUGAUCCAGAUAACAUUCCGUGUGAUUUUCUUCUCACUGGAGCCCCGGCUAUAGUGGCCAAUCUAUGGCAUGUAACUGAUAGAGAAAUAGAUUUGUUCACGGUGGGGUUGUUAAAACGCGUGUUCAAUUUACAAGAGGGAGAUGAGAACAAAGCUAAAACUGAAAUUGAAAUUGAAAUGAAGAAAACGACUUUGUCGUUGACCUUGAAAAGUUUGAAGAAUGUUGUGAAGUUUCCAGUAGCGACUGGCCAUGCGCCAGUUGUCUAUGGCCUGCCAAAUCUUAAUAUUAAGUCCCUUGAGUGAUUUAAUUUUGAAGUAUAAAUAAAUUGUUGUGUUAGAUUUUUCAAAAGUUUGGGAUCUUGCUAACUACCCCCCCUUUUGCAAAAGGA